CUGCUCCUCACUACUCAUUGGGAUUCAAGUUAAAAGCAACAUCUUAACUUCUCUCAACACUCAAUCAUCACCCCAUAUCACCACUAUUACCACCAAAAAACUUCAAAUUUCUCACUUCUUCUUCAGCCAAAACCAUGCCACAGAACUGCAUAGCACCAAAACCAGAACAAUUCAAUAGUAAUCACUCUGAGAAUGGACCUCCAGAGAUGGCUGAGCCUCAUAACUCAAGUGUCGUCGCCUACCCCAUGCAAACCAAUCAACAAUCUCUACCAAAACUCAUCAUGUUCCCAAUAAUUUUGAAGUUUGAGGAAUUGCUGUACAAAGUUAAACUAGAGCAGAAAAGAAUGUGUUGGGGCAGUAAAGGGAGUUGCAAAGAGAAAACAAUACUGAAUGGAAUCACAGGCAUGGUGUGUCCUGGAGAAAUUCUAGCUAUGUUGGGGCCAUCAGGUAGUGGUAAAACCACACUUCUCACAGCUCUGGGAGGGAGACUCAAUGGUAAACUAUCUGGAAAAAUCACAUAUAAUAAUCAACCUUUCUCUGGUGCCAUAAAAAGAAGAACAGGUUUUGUGGCUCAGGAUGAUGUGCUUUACCCUCACCUCACAGUCACUGAAACUCUAGUGUUCACUGCACUUCUGAGGCUGCCAAAAACAUUGACCAGAGAUGAAAAAGUUCAGCAUGUGGAGAGAGUUAUCACUGAGCUAGGACUGAGUGGUUGCAGAAGCAGCAUGAUUGGAGGACCUCUUUUGAGAGGGAUAUCAGGUGGUGAGAAAAGGAGGGUGAGCAUAGGACAAGAAAUGCUCAUCAAUCCAAGCCUGUUGUUGCUGGAUGAGCCAACUUCAGGUUUGGAUUCCACCACUGCUUUGAGGAUUCUCAACACCAUCAAACGCCUUGCAACCGGUGGCAGAACUGUUGUCACCACCAUUCAUCAACCCUCUAGCCGGCUUUACUACAUGUUUGACAAGGUGGUUCUUCUCUCUGAAGGGUGCCCCAUCUACUAUGGUCCUGCUUCAACUGCCCUUGAGUACUUUUCAUCUGUUGGUUUCUCCACUUGUGUCACUGUUAAUCCAGCUGAUCUCUUACUUGAUCUUGCCAAUGGGAUUGGCCCAGACUCCAAGCAUGUUACUGAACAAAGUGAGGGCCUGGAACAGGAGAGGAAGAUGGUGAGAGAAUCUCUCAUCACAGCUUAUGACCAGAACAUAGCUACAAAGCUGAAAGCUGAGGUUUGCAGCCUGGAGGUGAACAAUUACAAUUUCACAAAAGAUGCUAUGUCAAAAAAUCACAUAAGACCAGAGCAAUGGUGCACAAGCUGGUGGUAUCAGUUCAAGGUGUUGUUACAGAGGGGAGUGAGGGAGAGAAGAUAUGAAGCCUUCAACAGGCUGAGAAUAUUCCAAGUCAUAAGUGUUGCUUUCCUUGGUGGACUCUUGUGGUGGCAUACACCAGAAUCACACAUUCAAGACAGGGUGGCUUUGCUUUUUUUCUUCUCAGUUUUCUGGGGAUUCUACCCUCUCUACAAUGCAGUUUUCACAUUUCCUCAAGAGAGGAGAAUGUUGAUCAAGGAACGGUCAUCAGGAAUGUACCGCCUUUCUUCUUACUUCCUAGCAAGAACAAUAGGAGACCUACCUCUGGAGCUUGCACUUCCAACAGCAUUUGUCUUCAUAAUCUAUUGGAUGGGAGGGCUUAAACCUGAUCCUAUGACUUUCAUCCUUUCUCUUGUUGUGGUUCUUUACAGUGUUGUUGUCUCUCAAAGUCUCGGCCUCGCAUUCGGUGCUAUUUUGAUGGAGGUUAAACAAGCCACAACUCUAGCUUCUGUGACAACUCUUGUGUUUCUCAUUGCUGGAGGGUACUACAUACAACAGAUUCCUCCCUUCAUAGUAUGGCUCAAGUACUUGAGCUAUAGCUUCUACUGUUACAAGCUUCUUCUUGGUGUCCAAUACAAUGAAAAUGAUUACUAUGAAUGCUCAGAAGGGAAGUUCUGCAAGGCUGUGGAUUUUCCUCCCAUAAAAUCAAUGGGUUUGGAUCAUCUGUGGGUUGAUGUGUUCAUCAUGGCCUUGAUGUUGGUCGGUUAUCGACUCUUAGCUUAUUUUGCACUGCAUAGAGUUAGGUAGAUCUAAAUUCUGGAGGAUUUCAUAUACACAUAGCAAAGAAAACUUGAAGAGUUUUUGUCCUAGUUCAGCUGAGGAAUAAUACUAGAAUAUAUAAGACCUUUUGAUGGAACUUAUGUAAUGGGACAUUUAUCAACUCUCUGACUGAGUUGGAUGUACAAGGCUUUCUUUUUUAAACAGUUCCAGAGAAUACUAACUAA